AAGCUGAGCUGAUUCCUGCUGGGCAUGAUAAUAAGUUGAUGUGAUUAGGUAUCCUUGCACAGAUCUAAAACUCCGAGUCAGCGCGGAUGUGGGUAGUCCAUGUCGGGUUUUUAGUGGAGUCCUGCGCUCAGACGGGCUCCUGCAGACGGGCAGCCUGCUCUCUCCACUGCACUGGCGCUGUUUACUGGAAGCCCGCUCCGCGCUGCUUCCACCAAGUGUCUCAACACUGUGAGCGGGAUCUUUUCCAGAGGCGAGCCGCUGAAACUUGUCCCCCCACUCACUUCACAGUCAGGAGGAGCCAGGGAGAAAGAAAGAAAGAAAAAAAAAGCCAGAGAGAGAGAGAGAAAAGAAGAGAGUGAGAGAGUGAGAGAAAGAGAGAGAGAGAUCGGCGGAACAAGUAAGCGGAGAGCGGAGAGUCUUCUCCCCCCCUUUCAUCAAGACACUGAAAGCCCCACUCUUGUCUGUCCCUCUCAAGUCUUUUUUCUGGGUCCCCGAGCUCCGCUUCUUCUUCUUGCUGCUGCUGCUGCUUCUGGAAGUGAAGGCGCACAGGAGAGAGGAGAAACAGAUGAGCUGCUCAGAGGUGCAUUAUUAGGUGUUGAUGAGAGGUGCAAGGGACUGAGCGCAAGAGCAACACCUUUUGCUUUGCCAUGGAAGUGUGUGUCCGGUGCAGGGGAAUGUACGGGCUGAGAGGGGGACCUGCUGCCGCCUGAUAGCCAGCCUCUGUCCCAGAUAAGGAGAGCAUGCCUCAGACCUGCAGACCCAGUCUCUUCGCUGCAGAGGAGUUCCCAUCAGACUGUCUUUCCACAAUCUGACAUUUUUGUUUUUUGUUUUUGUUUUUUUUUACAAUUCACAUCCCUUACUGACUUCAUUUCAGCCUGUUUGGCUUCACUGCUUUUCAAGAAAGGUGAGAGAAUCAAUGAUGAGCAUCUCUGAGACCGGUUGGCUUGGACUUUUUUAAUCAGAACCUCUUAGUCACAACACAAACCUGCCACAAACCAUCAGCACCAGGCGCCAUGGCAUGCUCCCUGUGGAAACUACACACCUUCUGCUGGUUUCUCAUCACACUAGCCCAAGUGCACUCCACAGAGGGGUUUAGUCGAGCUGCCCUGCCAUUUGGCUUAGUACGGAGAGAGCUGUCUUGUGAGGGUUACCCCAUCGAUCUGCGGUGUCCAGGAAGUGAUGUCAUAAUGAUCGAAAGUGCCAACUAUGGCCGAACAGAUGACAAGAUCUGCGACGCCGACCCUUUCCAGAUGGAGAACAUCAACUGCUAUCUUCCAGAUGCCUACAAGAUCAUGUCACAAAGGUGCAACAAUCGGACCCAGUGUAUCGUGAUCACGGGUUCAGACGUCUUCCCUGACCCCUGCCCAGGGACCUACAAGUACCUGGAGGUCCAGUAUGAGUGUGUGCCCUACAAAGUGGAGCAAAAAGUUUUUCUUUGUCCUGGGACUCUGAAAGCUGUCGGUGAUCCUUCCUUUCUAUUUGAAGCGGAGCAACAAGCCGGUGCCUGGUGCAAAGAUCCACUGCAAGCCGGCGACAAAAUCUACUUCAUGCCUUGGACUCCCUAUAGGACAGACACUCUCAUUGAGUAUUCCUCCCUGGAUGACUUCCAAAAUGCCAGGCAAACCAUCACCUACAAGCUGCCCCACCGGGUGGAUGGGACUGGAUUUGUGGUGUAUGACGGGGCCGUGUUUUUCAACAAGGAGCGUACCCGCAACAUUGUCAAGUUUGACUUGCGGACUCGAAUCAAAAGUGGUGAGGCGAUCAUCAAUAACGCCAACUACCACGACACGUCGCCCUACAAGUGGGGUGGUAAAACAGACAUUGACCUGGCGGUAGAUGAGAAUGGGCUGUGGGUGAUCUACGCCACAGAGCAGAACAACGGCAUGAUGGUUAUCAGCCAGUUGAACCCCUAUACGCUACGUUUUGAGGCUACAUGGGACACGGCCUAUGAUAAGCGCUCUGCCUCCAAUGCCUUCAUGGUUUGUGGAGUACUCUAUGUGGUCCGCUCCACCUAUGAAGACAAUGAAAGUGAGGUCAGCAAGAGCUUGAUUGAUUACAUUUACAAUACCAAACAGAACCGUGGGGAAUACGUUGAUAUCCACUUUCCCAACCAGUACCAGUACAUUGCAGCUGUGGAUUAUAAUCCGCGAGAUAACCAACUCUAUGUGUGGAAUAAUUUUUACAUCCUGCGAUACAACCUGGAGUUUGGUCCACCUGAUCCAGCACAUGCUCCGCCACUGUCAGAAGUCACCACGUCGCCUCAGCCUCAGAAAACUACAACCACCACCACAACAACCACAGUGCACUGGGGUGUGGCCAACACUACCACCACAACAGGGCUCAAGGAGGGCAGCAGGGGAGUGCCCAAGCCGCCUCCUGUGAUUCCACAGACUACUUCCCCUCCACCCCUCGAGUCCUUCCCUUUACCCGAGCGCUUCUGCAAGGCCACUGAGGAAAGAGACAUAAUGUGGCCUCAGACCCAGAGGGGCAUGCUUGUGGAGCGGCCUUGCCCCAAGGGAACACGAGGCACAGCCUCUUAUUUAUGUUCCACUGGGGCCUGGCACCCGAAGGGCCCUGAUCUCAGCAACUGUACCUCCCACUGGGUCAACCAAGUAGCCCAAAAGAUCCGCAGCGGUGAAAAUGCAGCUAACUUGGCCAACGAGUUAGCCAAGCACACCAAAGGCCCCAUCUUCGCCGGGGACGUCAGCUCCUCGGUGCGCCUGAUGGAACAGCUGGUGGAUAUCCUGGAUGCUCAGCUGCAGGAGCUCAGACCCAGCGAGAAGGAUUCUGCUGGAAGGAGCUUCAACAAGCUUCAAAAACGAGAAAGGACAUGCAGGGCAUACAUGAAGGCCAUUGUGGACACGGUAGAUAACCUUCUGCGACCGGAUGCCUUGAAGGCCUGGCAUGACAUGAACAGCACGGAGCAGACACAUGCAGCCACCAUGUUACUAGAUACCUUGGAGGAAGGGGCCUUUGUCCUUGCCGACAACCUCAUGGAACCUGCCAUUGUCAAAGUUCCUGCAGACAACAUAAUCCUGGAUGUGUACGUACUCAGCACGGAUGGCCAGGUCCAGGAUUUUAAAUUCCCACAAACCAGCACAGAGGGCAUCUCAAUCCAGCUGUCUGCCAACACUGUCAAGCUCAACAGUCGAAAUGGAGUUGCCAAGCUGGUUUUUGUGCUCUACAAAAACCUGAGCCAGUUCCUUAGCGCGGAAAACGCCACCAUCAAGAUGGCCAACGAUGCUUACGGCCGCAACGUGUCGGUCAACUCUGACAUCAUCGCUGCCUCAAUCAACAAGGAGUCCAGCCGUGUAUUCAUUAAUGACCCGGUGAUUUUUACCCUGAAGCACAUUGAUAUGAAGAACUACUUCAACUCCAAUUGCUCCUUCUGGAAUUACUCUGAGAGGAGUAUGAUGGGCUACUGGUCCACCCAAGGCUGCAAACUCCUGGACUCAAAUGAAACACACACCACCUGCUCCUGCAGCCAUCUCACUAACUUUGCGAUCCUCAUGGCUCACCGUGAAAUCACACCUGACGGUGUUCAUGGACCACUUCUGACUAUCAUCACUCGAGUCGGGAUCGUGGUGUCUCUCGUCUGCCUCGCCAUCAGCAUCUUCACCUUCUGCUUCUUCCGCGGCCUGCAGAGCGAUCGCAACACCAUCCAUAAGAAUCUGUGCAUCAAUCUCUUCAUCGCAGAGUUAAUAUUUCUAAUUGGUAUCGAUAUGACGGAAACCAAGAUUGGAUGUGCAAUCAUUGCCGGGAUCCUCCACUUCUUCUUCCUGGCCUCUUUCUCCUGGAUGUGUCUUGAGGGGGUGCAGCUGUACCUCAUGCUCGUGGAGGUCUUUGAGAGCGAAUACUCACGGAAAAAGUACUACUACGUGUCUGGUUACCUCUUCCCUGCCAUCGUGGUCGGCGUCUCCGCAGCUAUCGACUAUGAGAGCUACGGGACCGAUGAAGCGUGCUGGCUAAGGGUUGACAAUCAUUUCAUAUGGAGUUUUAUAGGACCUGUCACCUUUAUCAUCAUGCUCAAUCUCAUCUUCCUGGUCAUCACAAUGUACAAAAUGGUGAAGCACUCUACCACCCUGAAACCAGACUCUAGCCGACUGGAGAAUAUAAAUACUUAUCGCGUUUGUGACGGCUACUAUAAUACAGAUUUGCCCGGCUAUGAAGAUAAUAAACGUUUUAUCAAAUCCUGGGUCAUGGGUGCCUUCGCUUUACUGUGUCUGCUGGGUCUCACAUGGUCCUUCGGUCUCUUCUUUAUCAACGAGGCCUCAAUUGUCAUGGCAUACCUCUUCACCAUAUUCAACACCUUCCAAGGAAUGUUUAUCUUUAUCUUUCACUGCCUCCUCCAGAAAAAAGUCCGCAAAGAGUACAGCAAGUGCUUCCGCCACACGUACUGCUGCGGAGGGCUGCCGACAGAGAGCUCACACGGUUCUGCAAAGACUUCCACCACACGGACCAGCGCUCGCUAUUCCUCUGGUACACAGAGUCGUAUCAGGAGAAUGUGGAAUGACACCGUAAGAAAGCAAUCUGAGUCCUCCUUUAUCUCAGGUGACAUCAACAGCACCUCCACCCUUAACCAAGGAAUGACCGGGAAUUAUCUACUAACAAAUCCUCUUCUUCGACCACAAGGCACUAACAACCCUUAUAACACCUUACUGGCUGAGACAGUCGUAUGUAACACCCCCACGGCUCCAGUGUUUAACUCGCCAGUGACCUACAGAGAGACAAGGCACUCACUGAACAAUGCGGUGAGGGAUACAAGUGCAAUGGAUACUCUACCGCUAAAUGGUAACUUUAACAAUAGCUACUCACUCCGCAAUGGGGACUUUGGCGACAGUGUGCAGGUAGUAGACUGCGGCCUCAGUCUGGACGAUGCUGCCUUCGAGAAAAUGAUCAUCUCUGAGCUAGUACACAACAACCUGCGUGCCUGUAACAAAAGCCACCAACAGCAACAGCAGCAGCAGCAGCACCCCAGUUUACAUCAUCCACCCCACCACCAGCAGCCCCCGCAGUACCACCAUCACCACCACACGGAGCGGGCUCCGCCGAAGGUGACGGUGGUAGGCGGCAGCAGCAGCGAAGACGAUGCUAUCGUUGCUGACGCUUCGUCUUUGGUGCACAUGGGUGACACAGUGGGACUUGAGCUGCACCAUCAGCAGGAGCUGGAGGCGCCGCUCAUCCCCCAGCGGACUCACUCGCUUCUGUAUGCUCCCCAGAAGAAGGUGAGGACCGAUGGGGGAGUUGAAACCUUUGUCAGCCAGCUGACGCCCACCAACCCUGACGAUAGUCUGCAGUCCCCAAACAGAGACUCCUUGUACACUAGUAUGCCUAAUCUGAAGGACUCUCCUGAGAGCGGCCCAGAAGUAGUGGAGGAUCUGUCCCCCUCCAAGAGGAGUGAGAAUGAGGACGUUUACUACAAGAGCAUGCCUAACUUAGGGGCUGGCCAGCAGCUCCAAGCCUAUUACCAGAUAAGCAGAGGGAGCAGUGAUGGUUACAUUAUUCCUAUUACUACAGAGGGCUGCAUCCCUGAAGGCGAUGUACGGGAAGGACAGAUGCAGUUAGUGACAAGCCUUUAAAUGUAUUUAAAUCAUCCCCAAACCUCUUCCCGCCCUUUUGCAGCCAUGACCUCUUGCAGGACACACUGGUGAAGGGAAGGGAAGUGUUUGUUUUAUUUUUGAAGAGAGCCUAAAAGCCCCAUCAUACACACUAGCCAUUUACAAACCCCUCAAACCGUUCUCCUCCAGCUCCAUUGCCAUCUACCUUUUCCCCAAACAUGCCACUCUUCUUACCCUCCCUGCAGACCAACAGACUUUUUGCACAGCGAUGGCAGUGCAAAGUUUCAAUGAGACUGUACAUAAAAUGCAGAGUCGAAUUUCAAUUUUAAGAGACAAGCCAACUAUGUAUUUAAAUGUGCUGCUGCUGUUGAAUAAUUGAGAAUUUAAGGUACGAAAAUUUUAAAAAAAGACAAAAAAAUGUAAAAAAAAAUAAAUAAAUAAAGAAACAUUACUGGCUACAUCAGAUCAAUUUCCCGGUCAAAAGAUUGUACAUACACUCCCCAACAUCCUUGUUGAAGCCUGUUUUUUUGUUUUUUUUGUUUUGUUUUUUUAUUGUAAACAAAACUACAACACCCCUGGACCAGGACAUGGACUCUGUUUGUAAAAUGUUCCUGAACAGACUGUUAGAAAAGGAAUAUAAGGUCCUGGAUGCCCAGAAUCUCCAUCACCAUGAAGUUUGGAUUGUAUAACCACUAGCAAUCAAGCCCCUGGCCUUAUAUUUUCUCAACUGUACAUUGAACUGUUGUCAAGGAAAAUGGCUAAAAUAUAUAUUUUGUUGUAUUGCUAGUGUAAAAUAAAAAAAAAAUCAUGGGAAACCGUAAAUAUGAAGAAACAUUUUAAUUGCAAAAUUUAAUGUUUGAGAGACUAUUGUGUAGAAGUUGCACAUAUGUUAUACAGUGUGUUUAUGGUUCCAACAAUUUAUGGUAGUAUGUUUGAACGUAAAGGAGGAAAAGAAAAGAAAAGGAGAAUUUAACAAAUUACAAAGAUGCAUUAUCACUUUUUUCCACUUGUGAACAGUGUUUUCUGCUUAUUGAGUUCCAUUGAUAUCGCCCAUUGAAAUAUGUCUAUUUGAUUUUGCCAAAGUAUCAUUACUUUAGUAGAAUGGGAAUGCAAAAACCCAGUUAAAGUGAUUUAUGCAUUGCACAGUUUUUUUGUGUAAUUCUGAAUGAAAUAGAUCUUUUUAGCAGUCAUGGCAGAGUGAUGGGCAAGCGCAAAUGAAACUGACUUUUGACAAUAAAGUUUCCUAAAUGUAGUUCUUCCGCCUGGGUUUGGACAUUUUAUUUAUUGAAAUCUUUCCAAAAAAUAAAUGGGAAAUGUGUGAAUAUUUUCCAGCACUGGUAUACAUGCUGUACUGUAGCUCAUGUUUUCUAUGUAAACAUGUUACCAAGGGGCUCAUCACUUAAGACUGAUGUAAAGUUCAACACUUGUUUAACAAAUAAAAUAAAUGUGAGAUUUUUUGUCAAA